AUUAUAUACACACUAGAAGCUAAGUACUAUUUUCUACUUUGAAAGUGUUAGCAUAUAUAGUUUGAGUCCUUGAUUAAUUUCAUGAACAUCAUGAAGAUGAAAAUGAUAUUAUCAUCAUUAAUAGGAUUAUUAUUAUUUUAUUGUUGUGUAAUCCAUUUAGUUUCAGCCCAACUUCAAGUUGGUUUUUACAAUUCAACAUGUCCACAAACUGAAACUAUUGUUAGACAAGCUGUGCAAAAUCAGUUCAAUAGUGACCCUUCCAUCACUGCAGCUUUGCUUCGCAUGCAUUUUCAUGAUUGCUUUGUUAGAGGAUGUGACGCAUCGAUACUCAUAAAGUCAACAGGUUCUAAGAAAUCGGAGAGAGAAGCUGGCCCAAACAAAACGGUACGAGGGUACGAGUUAAUCGAUAAAAUCAAGAAAACCCUAGAAACAUCUUGUCCAUCAACAGUUUCAUGUGCUGACAUAAUAACACUAGCAACUAGAGACUCUGUAGCAUUAGCUGGAGGCCCAAAUUAUCCAAUUCCAACAGGUAGACGUGAUGGGCUAAUUUCAAAUAUAGCAGAUGUAAAUUUACCAGGCCCAUCAUUAACAAUUCCACAAGCACUCCAAUUUUUCACAAAUAAAGGACUUACUUUAAAUGACAUGGUGACAUUAUUAGGCGCUCAUACGGUUGGAAUCGCACAUUGUAAUUUUUUCCAAGGUAGGCUAUCGCCCGUACCUGAUAAGACUAUGGAUCCUACGUUAGCGGCUCAACUAUUGAAAACUUGUACUAAAAGUUCUGCAACGGCGUUUCUGGAUCAAAAUACGUCGUUUAGUGUUGAUAAUGAGUAUUACAGACAAAUUACGUUACGUAAAGGUAUAUUGACGAUCGAUCAAGAGCUUACGUUGGAUAAGUCAAGUGCUCCAAUUGUUACAAGUUUUGCAGCUAAUAAGGAUGUAUUUAGCCAAAGUUUUGCAAAUGCGAUGAUAAAAAUGGCAAAUAUUGAUGUUUUAGUGGGGAGUGCUGGAGAAAUUAGGAAAAAUUGUGGGGUUUUUAAUCAAAAGGCUAAUCGCAAGGUUGUUAAUUAGGAAACAUAUGUUUUACUAUAAUAUUUAAUUUUAAGUGUACAAUUUUUAUUUUACUAAAAUAAAUAUAUAAGGCGUAUGUUUUUGCAUUAUUUUA